CACACGACUCGGAACAACCCAACGAUCAGUCGGUGUCGAGACCUUGCCCAGUGCGUGUGGUCAACUUGCGCGCGCAUUCCGUGUGAACUCCGAAGUGUUUCAUCAAAUACUCAAUACAUCAAUACAGAAUAACGGUGCAAUCAUGGCCAGUGAAGUGCAAAGCUUUUAUAAAGAUAAAUAUAUCUUCCUUACGGGAGGUACAGGAUUUCUGGGCGUCGCUAUCAUCGAUAAGAUCCUGCGCUCGACACCGGAGAUUGCUGGUAUUUACCUUCUUAUGCGUCCUAAGAAAGGAAAGGCCGUUCAGGAACGUCUGCAGGAUUUGACGAAGAACUCGGUGUUUGAGAAACUAUUGGAAUCGCAAUCGGCGGACAUCUUCAAGAAGCUCAUUCCCGUCGCGGGGGAUGUCGGCGAGGACUUUCUCGGUCUGUCCCAGGCCGAUCAGGAGCUUAUCAUCGCCAACACCAACGUCGUCAUACAUUCGGCCGCUACCCUCGACUUUCAAGCCACGCUACGACCAACGGUCAACAUCAACUUGCUCGGCACUAAGCGCGUGCUGGACUUGUGCACGAGGAUGAAAAAUUUGAAGAGCAUGGUGCACAUAUCGAGUGCAUACGUCAACUCUUACCUCACGGAGGCCGAGGAAAAGUUGUAUCCUUGUACCGAAACUUCGCAGAAAGUGAUCGACCUUGUGGACACACUCAGCGAUACGGCCCUCGAUGAUCUGCUGCCGAAAUUGCUGAAGGAUCAUCCGAAUGCGUAUACCUUCACGAAGCAACUAGCCGAACAUGAAGUUAACAAGCAUGCGUCACAGUUCCCCUGUGCCAUCAUCAGACCGAGCAUGAUUACCGGCGCAUGGAAAGAACCGACUCCAGGGUGGACCAUCUCCAAAAACGGUCCCCAAGGUUUUCUGAUGGGUGCUUCUAAAGGAGUCAUCCGUCGACUGCCAGUCGGUGUUGAUCUAGUUUACGAUUACAUUCCGGUCGAUGCUGUGGUCAAUCAAGCGCUUUGCCUUGGUUGGUACGUGGCCACCAAUGGCUUCCGAGAAGUUAAAGUGUUCCACUGUACCUCCAGCACAACGAAUCCAUUCAGAUGGCGGUCGGUGAUCGAUUCCAUGAACGAUUAUCUCCACAAAUAUCCACUCAAAUCGGCUAUCUGGUAUCCUCGUUUGAAGUUCGUUUCAAGCCUAUGGGUCUACAAGCUUUCCUCCAUCUUUGUGCACAUCUUGCCGGCGCUGGUUCUGGAUUUCAUUCUGCGAGUUACCGGUGGACGCCCAAUGUUGAUGCGCCUUCACACGAACGUGUGGGACUCGUUGAACCGCCUCGAAAAGUUCAUCUUCACCGAGUGGAAAUACUACAACCCAGCCACACAGCAGCUCGCGCAAUCGCUAUCCGAGAAGGAUAAAGCGCUGUUCAACUUCAACAUCUCCCAGCUGCAGUGGCCAGAAUACUUCGUCUUUCUCACCCAAGGCGUGCGUCGAUAUUUGAAUAACGAGCAGCCGAAAUCACUGGAUGCCGCAAGAAAGAAGGACAAAAUUUUGUUCGUCGUGGACGUCGUGUUUCAGGUUCUGGUGUUCGCUCUGUUCGGUGCGCUUCUUGCAUCGCUCUUCGGUUCGUCCAGCAGCUACUUUUGGUUGUACGGAGGUAUCAGCUAUUUGCUCUUCAGUUUGCUGUAGAAAAAGCGUGCUCGGCUAUACUCUUGCCAAUGAAAUUCCUAUUUGUAUGCACAUCAAUUGGCUCUCGGUGGUGUGCUAGCGGUUUAGAUGGAACUCUGUUCCAUAUUCUGUUUUGGGGUUACGGAAGUCGGGAAAAAGUAAGUUAAAUAAUAUGCGAAACUCAAUAAAAUUUACUAAAACUCA